AUGCUCGCCAAACGCAGCAUCCUCGCCCUCGCCACCGUGGCCCCCUUGGCCUCAGCCCUGGGCAAGGCCCGCGUGGUCAACAACUGCGACGAGACGGUGCACGUCUGGUCGGUCGGCUCCCAAGUCGAGGGCCCCUACGGUCUCUCCCCAAAGGUCGGCUACUACGCCGAGGAGUUCCGCAAGGACCCCGUGACGGGCGGCAAGGCCCUCAAGGUGACGCGCAACGCCGACGGCCUAUACACGGGCGCGCCCCAGACCGUCUUCGCAUACAACCUCGACGGCGACAAGAUCUGGUACGACCUCAGCGAUGUCUUCGGCGACGCCUUUGUCGGCAAAAAGCUGGUCGUGGCGAGCGCCGAGCAGACCUGCCCGUCGAUUAUCUGGCCCACUGGCGUGCCCCCCGCAGGCAGCCAGGUCAAGGUGUGCACCGCCAACCAGGACGUUGUCUUUACCCUUUGCGCGAAUUAG